ACUCCCAUGAUAUAAAUAAUCACCACACUGAAACAUCAACAGCAUUAAUUUGCAAAUCUAUUUGCAUUUAUCGAAUAAGCAUUUUCAUAAACUUUGUGCCUUUGUUUAUACCACACUGCCUAAGUUAAUUGAUUUUUGUCUCUAUUUUAAUAGCAAUACGUGUCAAUAAGCCUACUAUUGCUCUGAUGAGUAGAAAGGAGGGUGACAGGAUUGUGUUGGAGUGCCAGCUGCAUGAUUAUUUCCCAGAGAAAAUUACUGUACAAUGGUUUGAGGGUGAUAUUCCUGUCAACAGGCAAAUUGCUAAAAAGUUUCAGAACACUGAUAAAGGCGAGAAAAAGUACACUUACAUAAGUCAGUUAUCCAUAAGUGCCCCAUAUUCAAACGAACGGUACACUUGUAAAGCCACCCACAACUCUGAAGACUUCAAGAAAGAAUAUGACAUGUGCAAGGCACAAUCUUUAUCCAAACCUUCAAUCAAAAUGAAGAAAUAUCAUCUCAGAGACAUUACAGAGGAGAAUAAGGUCACAGUUUCCUGUGUUGUUGAAGCACCAGACAACACUAAAGUGUCAUGGUUGACAGACAGAGUAAUGCAAAGAGCCACCAAUGAAGGCAGAGACCAGUUCAAUAAUAUUGUGAGCAACUUGACUUUGUCCAGAAAUGAUUGGUUGACCCUUAAGACCGUUGUUUGUAAAGCUAAACAUCCAUGUUUCCCAGAAGUGAAGGAUGAAAUUCAAACUGCUGAUAUAAAGACAGAUCCUGUAGUGGUGAUCAAGAGGCGUUUCGUGAAAUCAGCGCAGACAGACAGUCCUGUGCUGGAGUGUGUUGUAAAUGGUCUCCCGUCUGGUGAGGUCUGUAUCAACUUCCAGGCCAAUCAAAUAGAUAUCUCAGUAUUAAGUUGUGUGGAUUGGGUCCCGUCCGAAAACAUUUGGUCCUUGACCAAACAGUUCCCAAUACCUGAAGUGCGGCAGAAGAAUGGAAGCACCUUUACCUGUGAAGUUCAUAUAUUCUACAAAUCCUGGACAUCCAAUCCUACUGGAAACAUUUUUGGCGAUCCUACCAUACAGCUUGCUGUUGUUCCCAGUGUGGGUCGAUCUAGUUCAGACCCACAGAAGCUGCUGUGUUCUGGGACAGGAUUCAACCCAAAUAUCACCUGGCUAUCAGGGUCUGUGGUUAAACCUGGCGGAGGUUUAGACCUCACAAUGAUGGAAGAUGGACGUGUGAAAGCAUACAGUGAGAUAUCGGUGCCACAGCAAGAGUGGAAUCAAGGGAUCACUUACACCUGUCAGAUUAAUAACGGACUCGUUGGAAUAAAUGCUGAGAAAAGAACCAGUAUUUGUGAAGCAGAAUCUUUUUCCAAACCUUCAAUCCAAAUAAAGAAAUCUCAUCUCAGAGACAUUAUAGAGGAGAAUAAGGUCACAGUUUCCUGUGUUGUUGAAGCACCAGACAACACUAAAGUGUCAUGGUUGACAGACAGAGUAAUGCAAAGAGCCACCAAUGAAGGCAGAGACCAGUUCAAUAAUAUUGUGAGCAACUUGACUUUGUCCAGAAAUGAUUGGUUGACCCUUAAGACCGUUGUUUGUAAAGCUAAACAUCCAUGUUUCCCAGAAGUGAAGGAUGAAAUUGAAACUGCUGAUAUAAAGACAGAUCCUGUAGUGGUGAUCAAGAGGCGUUUCGUGAAAUCAACGCAGACAGACAGUCCUGUGCUGGAGUGUGUUGUAAAUGGUCUCCCGUCUGGUGAGGUCUGUAUCAACUUCCAGGCCAAUCAAAUAAAUAUCUCAGUAUUAAGUUGUGUGGAUUGGGUCCCGUCCGAAAACAUUUGGUCCUUGACCAAACAGUUCCCAAUACCUGAAGUGUGGCAGAAGAAUGGAAGCACCUUUACCUGUGAAGUUCAUAUACUCUCCAAAUCCUGGACAUCCAAUCCUACUGGAAACAUUUUUGGCGAUCCUACCAUACAGCUUGCUGUUGUUCCCAGUGUGGGUCGAUCUAGUUCAGACCCACAGAAGCUGCUGUGUUCUGGGACAGGAUUCAACCCAAAUAUCACCUGGCUAUCAGGGUCUGUGGUUAAACCUGGCGGAGGUUUAGACCUCACAAUGAUGGAAGAUGGACGUGUGAAAGCAUACAGUGAGAUAUCGGUGCCACAGCAAGAGUGGAAUCAAGGGAUCACUUACACCUGUCAGAUUAAUAACGGACUCGUUGGAAUAAAUGCUGAGAAAAGAACCAGUAUUUGUGAAGCAGAAUCUUUUUCCAAACCUUCAAUCCAAAUAAAGAAAUCUCAUCUCAGAGACAUUAUAGAGGAAAAUAAGGUCACAGUUUCCUGUGUUGUUGAAGCACCAGACAACACUAAAGUGUCAUGGUUGACAGACAGAGUAAUGCAAAGAGCCACCAAUGAAGGCAGAGACCAGUUCAAUAAUAUUGUGAGCAACUUGACUUUGUCCAGAAAUGAUUGGUUGACCCUUAAGACCGUUGUUUGUAAAGCUAAACAUCCAUGUUUCCCAGAAGUGAAGGAUGAAAUUGAAACUGCUGAUAUAAAGACAGAUCCUGUAGUGGUGAUCAAGAGGCGUUUCGUGAAAUCAACGCAGACAGACAGUCCUGUGCUGGAGUGUGUUGUAAAUGAUCUCCCGUCUGGUGAGGUCUGUAUCAACUUCCAGGCCAAUCAAAUAAAUAUCUCAGUAUUAAGUUGUGUGGAUUGGGUCCCGUCCGAAAACAUUUGGUCCUUGACCAAACAGUUCCCAAUACCUGAAGUGUGGCAGAAGAAUGGAAGCACCUUUACCUGUGAAGUUCAUAUACUCUCCAAAUCCUGGACAUCCAAUCCUACUGGAAACAUUUUUGGCGAUCCUACCAUACAGCUUGCUGUUGUUCCCAGUGUGGGUCGAUCUAGUUCAGACCCACAGAAGCUGCUGUGUUCUGGGACAGGAUUCAACCCAAAUAUCACCUGGCUAUCAGGGUCUGUGGUUAAACCUGGCGGAGGUUUAGACCUCACAAUGAUGGAAGAUGGACGUGUGAAAGCAUACAGUGAGAUAUCGGUGCCACAGCAAGAGUGGAAUCAAGGGAUCACUUACACCUGUCAGAUUAAUAACGGACUCGUUGGAAUAAAUGCUGAGAAAAGAACCAGUAUUUGUGAAGCAGAAUCUUUUUCCAAACCUUCAAUCCAAAUAAAGAAAUCUCAUCUCAGAGACAUUAUAGAGGAGAAUAAGGUCACAGUUUCCUGUGUUGUUGAAGCACCAGACAACACUAAAGUGUCAUGGUUGACAGACAGAGUAAUGCAAAGAGCCACCAAUGAAGGCAGAGACCAGUUCAAUAAUAUUGUGAGCAACUUGACUUUGUCCAGAAAUGAUUGGUUGACCCUUAAGACCGUUGUUUGUAAAGCUAAACAUCCAUGUUUCCCAGAAGUGAAGGAUGAAAUUCAAACUGCUGAUAUAAAGACAGAUCCUGUAGUGGUGAUCAAGAGGCGUUUCGUGAAAUCAACGCAGACAGACAGUCCUGUGCUGGAGUGUGUUGUAAAUGAUCUCCCGUCUGGUGAGGUCUGUAUCAACUUCCAGGCCAAUCAAAUAAAUAUCUCAGUAUUAAGUUGUGUGGAUUGGGUCCCGUCCGAAAACAUUUGGUCCUUGACCAAACAGUUCCCAAUACCUGAAGUGUGGCAGAAGAAUGGAAGCACCUUUACCUGUGAAGUUCAUAUACUCUCCAAAUCCUGGACAUCCAAUCCUACUGGAAACAUUUUUGGCGAUCCUACCAUACAGCUUGCUGUUGUUCCCAGUGUGGGUCGAUCUAGUUCAGACCCACAGAAGCUGCUGUGUUCUGGGACAGGAUUCAACCCAAAUAUCACCUGGCUAUCAGGGUCUGUGGUUAAACCUGGCGGAGGUUUAGACCUCACAAUGAUGGAAGAUGGACGUGUGAAAGCAUACAGUGAGAUAUCGGUGCCACAGCAAGAGUGGAAUCAAGGGAUCACUUACACCUGUCAGAUUAAUAACGGACUCGUUGGAAUAAAUGCUGAGAAAAGAACCAGUAUUUGUGAAGCAGAAUCUUUUUCCAAACCUUCAAUCCAAAUAAAGAAAUCUCAUCUCAGAGACAUUAUAGAGGAGAAUAAGGUCACAGUUUCCUGUGUUGUGGAAGCACCAGACAACACUAAAGUGUCAUGGUUGACAGACAGAGCAAUGCAAAGUGACACCACCGAAUCCAGAGACCAGUUCAAUAAUAUUGUGAGCAACUUGACUUUUUCCAGAAAUGAUUGGUUGACCCUUAAGACCGUUGUUUGUAAAGCUAAACAUCCAUGUUUCCCAGAAGUGAAGGAUGAAAUUCAAACUGCUGAUAUAAAGACAGAUCCUGUAGUUGUGAUCAGGAGGCGUUUCGUGAAAUCAACGCAGACAGACAGUCCUGUGCUGGAGUGUGUUGUAAAUGGUCUCCCGUCUGGUGAGGUCUGUAUCAACUUCCAGGCCAAUCAAAUAGAUAUCUCAGUAUUAAGUUGUGUGGAUUGGGUCCCGUCCGAAAACAUUUGGUCCUUGACCAAACAGUUCCCAAUACCUGAAGUGCGGCAGAAGAAUGGAAGCACCUUUACCUGUGAAGUUCAUAUACUCUCCAAAUCCUGGACAUCCAAUCCUACUGGAAACAUUUUUGGAGAUCCUACCAUACAGCUUGCUGUUGUUCCCAGUGUUGGUGAGUCUAGUUCAGACCCACAGAAGCUGCUGUGUUCUGUGACUGGAUUCAACCCAAAUAUCAAGUGGCUAUCAGAGUCUGGGGUUAAACCUGGCGCAGGUUUAGACCUCACAAUGAUGGAAGAUGGACGUGUGAAAGCAUACAGUGAGAUAUCGGUGCCACAGCAAGAGUGGAAUCAAGGGAUCACUUGUCAAACUAAAAAUAAUGCUACAACUGCUAAGAAAAGCGCCAGUAUUUGCACAGUAAUUGUACCAUCCAGUCAGCGGGCAGAGGUCUACCUGGUGGGUCCAUCCCAUAGUAGUGUGAGAUCUGACACAUCUGUGACUUUGACAUGUUUGGUUCUUGGUCAGAGUGUCAAGUUGUUCUCCAUUCAAUGGAAAGUCAGUGGUAAGGUUACCAAUCCAAAAGGCCAUGAACAAGAGCCUAGAGAUCAUAACAAUGGGACUCAAAGCAAAGAAAGUAUUUUGAAUGCUUCAGUUAGAGACUGGAAUGCAUAUGCUCUCUUCACCUGUGAGGUUAAGCAUCUGUGCUCAAAAUAUACACAGCAGAAGAAUAUCUCAAAAACUCGAGACCCCAAACAACCCACUGUCAGAAUCCUCAGACCCUCAGAUGGUGAUCUCUCUGGACUCCAAAAUCCCAGCCUUCUUUGCUUGAUCACUGAUUUCUUCCCGUCUGAUAUCUCUGUGCAGUGGAAACUAAAUGGGACGCAACUAGAUGCAUCUCAGUUCACUAACAGUCCUGUGGCUGCUCACACUUCAGGAGGUUUUACAAUGCAUAGUGCCCUGAUGCUGCCUGCAUCAGAGAGGAACGACGGCACGUUCUCGUGUAUUGUUUCUCAUGAGUCAUCCCAAAAUCCAAUCAGCGCCACUGUAGAGAACUUGUAUGCCUCGUUGAUUCGCUCUCCUCCAUCUGUAGAGCUGCUGCAGGGUACUAGUGUACCUGAGCUAGUGUGCCUGGUAUUUGGUUUCAGCCCACCUGACAUCAACAUCACCUGGUGGCUAGGUAAGACUGAGAAGCCUGCCCGCAGCAUCUCUCACCCUGCAAAAGGCCCUGAUGGAAAAUUUAGCAUCCAAAGUCACCUGGAUCUCCAAUCUUCAGACUGGGUACCUGGUGAGGUGUACACAUGUGAGGUCACUCAUGUUACCGGUAUCCUGUCUCCUAACAUCUCAACGAAAACAGAAUUAUUUGAAGAGGCUAUAUUUUUGAAUGAGAACAAACCUGAAGCUAUUGCACAGGAUACAGUUGAAGAGGCCUGGAACAUGGCCUGUGUCUUCCUCGUCCUUUUCCUCCUUGCUCUUCUCUAUGGGUGCACAGUGACUUUGGUCAAAGUCAAGCUUACAUGAGCAAUAUUUUGUGUUUGUUUUCUAGAUUCAUUUGCUUCUUGGUUUUUGUUGUU